AUGGCGACGGCGGAGGCAGCGUCUCCGGCGGGCACCGGUGGUGGAUGCCGGCGGCACGUGCUGAUGUUCCCGCUGCCAUUUCAGGGCCACCUCACCCCGAUGCUGCAGCUGGCCGGGACCCUGCACGCGGCGGGCGUGCCGUUGGCCGACCUGCUCCCGUCGAGCAGCGACGCGGACUUAGCCGGCAUGCUGCUGCGGAUCAACGACCGCCUCCGAGAGCCGUUAUGGGACCGCCUGCGCCAGGCGCUCGCCGAGGAGGAGGAGCAGGGCGGCGGGCCGGCGGCAUCCCUGGUGGUGGACUCCAACCUGCACGGGAUGCAACUGGUUGCGGAGGAGCUCGGUAGGGGAGCCGGGUCCUGCAGGAGACCCGCCCCUGCAGCAGGCCCGUGGCCCCGCGACCCGCCCCACGCUGCGCGCCUGCCGCCUCCCGCUGCAAGGGAUCCACGCCCAAACAAGCAAGCAUGUGUUGGAAAUCGGAUCACCGUGAGAAUUUGAAUAUAAACCAC